CAAAAUCCACCAAGCAACAAGCCCACUUACAAAAUCAUGAAAAAGGCUCCAAGAAAGGUAAUAGCACCAGAAAAAAUGACAGUAUCAAGAAAAAUAACAACACCAGGAAAAGAGAUCAGAAUCAAUGCCACCAGAAAAAAAUCAAUGCCACCAGAAAAAGCGAUGGCACCAGGAAAAAUGACAGUACUAGAAAAAACGAUGGCACCAGGAAAAGCGACGACACCAGAAAAAGCGAUGAUACCAGAAAAAGAAAUCAGAAUCAAUACCACCAGAAAAAGCGAUAACACCAGAAAAAAUGAUGGUACCAGAAAAAGUGACAACACCAAAAAAUGUUCUGAUUUAGCUAAAC